AAGAAGCAGUUCCUUCCUCCAUUCCUUACAGUGAUGGCUAGCAUCGUUCCCAUCCUUUUUUCACAACAGGUAGACAUGUCGUACGACUUGAGCAUCAAAACAUAUCUACCGGGUUACGUGAACUUUCCACCAGAGAAGAAUCUCACAUUUGAUGGGCAUGUGGAGAUUUCUAUGGUUGUCGUUGAGCCAACAAAUAGCAUUGUACUGAACUCAAAGAAAAUCACUUUGGCACAAGGAGGAUGCGAAUUGUUCUCAGUGGGUUCUAUCAACUUUAUAAUAUUGUUCGAAAAGUUAUCCAUACCCAUACACACGACUUUUAGAUCACUUACACCGGCCUUAUUAGCAACACUCUCGGUGGGCUCUACCAGUCCAUCUAUACCGAUACGGACGGAACCACCAAGUACGUACAACGGAAUGUAUACUGGAAAAAGCACAUUCGAUUUUAGGAUCGUUGCUGUUUCACAAAAUGAACCAUCAGAUGCUCGUCGUAUAGCUCCAUGCUUUGACGAACCGAAGUAUAAGGCGAAAUGGACUGUCACCGUUGUUCAUCCCAAAGGUACAAAGGCUGCAUCGAACGGCAUUGAAGGUGAUUGGAUAACAUCCAAAUUUAAAACUACUCCACCGAUGUCGUCCUAUUUAUUGGCAAUUAUUGUUUGUGAAUUUGAAUACAUUGAAGGCUACACCGAAACAGGUGUACGGUUCCGUAUAUGGUCUCGACCAGAAGCGAUGGAAAUGACGGAAUAUGCCUUGGAUGCUGGCAUCAGAUGUCUGGAGUUCUAUGAGAAAUUCUUUGACAUCAAAUUCCCUCUGGAAAAACAAGAUAUGAUUGCUCUUCCUGAUUUCACCGCUGGUGCUAUGGAAAACUGGGGCCUUAUCACUUACAGAGAGGAUUCUCUCCUAUACGAUUCAAGAAUUUAUGCACCGAUGAAUAAACAGCGGGUUGCUCUCGUAGUUGCUCACGAGCUUGCUCAUCAGUGGUUCGGCAAUCUGGUCACACUGAAGUGGUGGGAUGAUACGUGGUUGAACGAGGGUUUUGCAACAUUUGUUGAGUAUCUUGGAAUGGACGAAAUUAGCCACAACAACUUCAGAACGCAAGAUUUCUUCUUACUCGAUGGAAUGGAUCGCGGAAUGAGAGCUGACUCGGCAGCAUCGAGCCAUCCGCUUUCGUUUAGGAUUGACAAAGCGGCAGAAGUUGCGGAAGCUUUCGACGACAUUUCAUACGCCAAGGGAGCGUCAGUUCUCACUAUGCUACGGGCUUUGAUUGGAGAGGACAAUUACAGGAAUCAAUACCUCAAGAAGUUCUCCUACAGUAAUGCACAAGCAGCCGAUCUGUGGAACGUCUUCAACGAAGUUGUCAAGGGUGUUAAGGGUCCUGACGGCAACAUCAUGAAAAUCGACCAAUUCACCGAUCAGUGGACGUACCAGAUGGGUUACCCUGUGGUUAAAGUGGAAGAAUUCAAUGCGACCUCCCUAAAGGUUACGCAGAGUCGGUACAAGACCAAUAAAGACGCCUUGGAACCAGAGAAAUAUCGUAACCCAAAAUACGGGUUCAAGUGGGAUGUUCCCUUAUGGUAUCAGGAAGGUAACAGCAAAGAGGUGAAGCGAACAUGGCUUAAAAGAGAUGAACCGUUGUACUUAAACGUCAACAAACGGGAUACGUCUCUUGUGGUGAAUGCUGAUCGACAUGGAUUUUAUCGACAGAACUAUGAUGCCAGUGGUUGGAAAAAGAUAAUCAAGCAGCUCAAAGAAAAUCACGAGGUCUUCGGUCCAAGGACGAGGAACGCUAUCAUAAGCGAUGCAUUUGCUGCAGCUACGAUUGACGCAAUCGACUAUGAAACUGUAUUUGAACUACUUGAAUAUGCCAAAAAUGAAGAGGUGGCUCUGUCCGGCAUGUUCGCAGUUUUAAAGUUCUUCGGUAAUGAGCCGGAGACAAAACCAGCUAGAGUGAGUUUGAACUUUCAGGCUUACAUGAUGAGCAUAUUAGAACCGAUGUAUAAUAAGAGCAGCAUUGACUACAUCGUCAAGAAUUAUUUGGAUGAUACGUUAUUCACCAAAAUAUUAGUCCGGUACCAAUUGAGCGACUCCGGAGUGAUGGAGGCCCUUGUCGGCCUAGGCGGAUAUCUCACUCAAAACGAGAAUGACCUUAUUUCGCUCUCCUCUUGGAGAUUGACUUUUGGUGGUUUCUAUGGUUGGCAGAUCCUCGUGCAUUUUUACUCCCUUGAAAUAAUUGUUGCUUAG